UUAGUGUUUGCUUAACCCCUCCCCUAACGACCACUGCGGCUUCAUAGCAACCACGCUAAACUGAGGGCUGGAGAGGUAAACGAGGGGCUGGAGAGUUAAACUAAGGACUGGAGAGUUAAACUGAGGGCUGGAGAGGUAAACGAGGGGCUGGAGAGUUAAACUAAGGACUGGAGAGUUAAACUGAGGGCUGGAGAGGUAAACGAGGGGCUGGAGAGUUUAACUGAGGGCUGGAGAGUUUAACUGAGGGCUGGAGAUGCCGCUGCUGGUAACGGACUACAGCUGGACGCAGACAGAGAGCACGGUGUACAUCAGCGUUCCGCUAAAGGGGGUGAAGCCGGCCAGAGUGGACGUUCUGUGUACAGAUGAGUAUCUGAAGGUUAGUUUUCCUCCAUUCCUGUGUGAACUGUUCCUUUCUCAGCCUGUAGAAGAGGAGAAAAGUGUGGCCAAACUCGGGAACGGUGCUGCAGUUUUCACUCUGCCCAAACAGACAGCAGGCCUGUGGGAGAAGCUCAGCAGAGAUGUGGACAAAAGCAAACAAAGGGAGAUUCGAGAAGAAGCUAUUCUCAAAACUCAGAACAAGGCUGUGGAGACCACCAAGGCAAGAGCCACAAAAAUUCAGCAGGACAAGAAAUACACAUUGGAGACCAUGAUGAAGCUUGAGGAAGAGGAGCGAGCAAGAAUUCAGAAGAUAAAAGAUGAAGAGUGUGCAAAAGCCUCAAUGGAACUGGAGGCAUGGAAAAAGAAUCAGAGAAGAUUAGCAGAGGAAGAGGAGGCCAGACGAAGGCUACAGGAACCCCCUGUACAGAAGAGUAGACCUGUUCAUCAGCAGAGAGAGCCAGAAAAAGCAUGUGUGAUGAGAGCCUCAAAUAACCCAAGCAAAACUGAAGGUCAGACCACCAGCAGAAACAUGCAGAAACAGAAGGAUCUACCUCCCCCCAGAUCAGCCGGCUGUAUUAAGAUCAGUUUCACUCCACGUGUUUUUUCAACUGCCUUACGGGAGUCCCGCGUACCUGAGGAAGAGGAGUGGCUGAGGAAGCAAGCAGAGGUCAGAAGGAUGGCGAAUGCUGAUCUGGCUCAGCUGGACGAUCUGAAGGAGGAAGAGAAGAACCCUGACUGGCUAAAAGACAAAGGAGAUAAAUUAUUCAGGACUGGUAAUUAUCAGGCAGCAGUUAAUGCCUAUGAUUUGGCCAUUAAACUCAACAGACGCAUUCCUGCCCUGUUCUCUAAUCGAGCUGCGUGUCACCUGAAGCUGAGAAACCUACACAAAGCCAUUGAAGACAGUUCUCAGGCUCUGGAGCUGCUGACCCCAGCCGUCACUGACAACGCAGCAGCCCGACUAAAGGCCCACGUGAGGAGAGGAACUGCUUUCUGUGAGCUGGAGCUGUAUGUGGAAGGACUUCAGGACUACCAUGCUGCUCUCAAGAUUGACCCGAACAACCAGGCUCUGCGGGCAGAUGCCGACAAGAUCCGAGAGAUCAUCCAAGGGACGAUGUCCAGUUCGUGAUGAGUGACAGUGUUGUCAGUGCUAUAAAUAAAUAGAGAAUCAAUAAGACUGCC